AUGCCGGACCAGGAGGCGGGCCCGAGUUUGAGGGAGCAGUUCGAGCGGGAUGGCUUCCUGCACCUCAAGGGCUUCUGCUCCAAGGACACCGUUCGUGAGAGGAACCACGAGGCGGAGCAGCUGGGGGAGCGCGACGCCGAGUGCGCGAGGUUGCAGGCGAGCAUGGGGAAGCUCAUAGACGCAUGGAACCCCGAGGAGACACUGGCGCCGAUCUUCACCACCGACGAGGAGGAGCAGACGAAGGCGCAGGGCGACUCCGACUACUUCCUGGACAGCGCGGAUCGGAUCCACUUCUCGGGGAAGGGGGCCGUCGACUCCGAGGGCAAGCUCCGCAAAGACGUCCCGAAGGGCGCCUCGCUGAACAAGGUCGGCCACGGGCUGCACGUGGUCGACGAGGCCUUCAGAGAGUACACCCAGUCCGCCAAGGUCGCCAGGCUGGUGGCCGAGCUUGGCUGGAAGGACCCAGUGCUGCCCCAGUCCAUGUACAUCUUCAAGCAGCCCACGAUCGGCGGCGAGGUCACCUCGCACCAGGCCGACGAGAGCGAUAACAUAAUAUACUACAAGGAAGUGAGAUCGAAGUUGAACCUAUUGCAGCAGAGAUACAAUAUCGCCUGGGCCAUGAAGGGGCCCAUCCAGGAGAUUACCCAGCAGAUUGCCAUCUUGCGCAGGAUGCUCAUAUCAGAGAAAUCACUCGCGCAGCAGAGUGCGUGGACAGAGACAACGAUUGCCAUAAUGAUGCUGAGGGUCGGCACAGCCAACAAAACGGUGGAAGCGCAGCAAGAGAUCCUGGACAAGAAGAUCGCCAUUCGAGACAACCUCCAGGACCAGCUAGGGGCGCUCCGCCGCACGAAGAACGAUAUCCGAGUCAUGAUACAAGAACCCCAGCAGGCCGAAGAAGAUGCAGCAACCCAGAUGGGCCUCGACAUGCGGGAUCGACCAGCAGCCGCCGACGAUGCCAACUACGAGGGCAGCGUCAGCAUCGGCGGCCCCGUCGACCCCAGCACCGCCCCGCGCGCCAACGGAAGUGGCAGGAUCAUCCCCGUCGACAGUAUUGACACCGACAGAACCGAUGCAGCCGCAGAGUCUCUCCCCUUCAGAGGUAAGUUCGACACCGAAGAGUCCGAGGAGGGGGCCAUUCGUGCAGGAUCGGGCCUCCAGGUACGAGAGCAGCUCAGAUCAGGCCUACUCUCUUGGCCCACCGGCAGAGCAGCGGCGGCGCCCAACAACAUCGCGCAGCCCGAGCACACGGAAGACCAGGGCUCCUACAUCAGCGAAGAGGCAAAGGCGAGCAGAAGACCACAGACCGCGCCCUCGUCCCGUUCGGAGGUCAACGACGUCAAGCGACAUUGUCAGAGAUUGCCAGCCAGCCAGAGGAGCAGCGCGCAGAACAGCAAAGCGACCACCAUCAAGGUGCCGAGCGACGGGGGGAUGAGCUGCACCGCGGAGAUUCACACAGACGAGUACGAGGUUCAGGCGAAGAUUCGCCCAGCCCUGUCGUGCUCGACCUCGACUCUAAGAUCCCGAUCGUCGUGCGGAUCGCGGGCGACGAUCCUGUCGGCAACAUCAAGUGCAAGUAAGGACCUGAAGGCAACAUACUCGCGCGCCUUCAGAGUGGCGGAUGCACAGCCCCCCUUAUUGACGGAGCUUAUGACGGAGGUCGACCAGACCGGCCUCCAUGCACGCGCCAAACUGGGCCUCGACAUAUGCCCAGUCGCCCAGCGCGCGCGCGGGCACGUCAGCAUCUUCGUCGACGGGUCAUUCGACGAAAAGAAGCUUAGUCCUGCGGCCUGGGCAAUGGCCGCCAUCGCCAAGCAGCCGAGCCUCGCCGAGAGCUACACCAUCGAAUCGGACUCGGCGUCGGCCAUCCAGAUUGCCAAGGGGGCUGCUCAAUCCGAGGCCCACCCUAAGCUUGGCACCCUCCUUCGAGUUUUGACCCGGGAGGCGCAGGCCAAGCGUGGAUUUAGUUUCAAGCGCGUGCCGUCUCACGAAGCCCACCCGUGGAAUGAGCUGGUCGACGGCCUUGCGAAGCGAGAGCACGUUGCCUCUGAAUUGCGCGACCCCGACUGGGCUAGUCGCCUGGCCCCCUGCGGUAGGACCCACGAGACGACUGAUCCCGAGGAUUUCCUCCCAGCAGAUGCCCUCGGCGGCGGGUUUGAGCCCCCGCCCGCGUUGAUCGGAGAUGCGCCCCUCACGGUGGCCUCAUUCAAUGCCACCUCGAAGGUCGGCCUACAUGUCAAUUUCAUGGUGACUCAUGCUCCAUAUCAAGAUGGCCAGAGCCGGCUGAUCGAAGCCGGCGACGCUCACAGGGCUGCGAUUUUCAAGACCAUGCUGUGCGCCAUCCUGCUCAUGGCUUGGACCGCUGAUGCCAGCGUGCAAUACAGCCACUUGCAGGAGCAGAUUUUACAGGCCGCUUCGGCGGCAUUCCCGGUUCAAAAGCACUUUCCUCGGAAACCUUUCACAGACCCCCUCGCCAUGUGCAUGAUUAGGUUGAAGGCGAGGCUCAUGAUUUGCGGCAAGUUCUCGAAGCUCAGCACCGACAUGGCCACCCAGGUGGUCCGAACUUUUAUUGAGGUGACCAGACAGAAGAGCCUCUCGUCCGUCAUUGCGUCGAUAGGCUUGAAGUCAGCUUUUUACAAGGUUAUUCGUGCACUGGUGAUGCCGAAUUUGAAUGAUCCCGUGGACCUGGCUGGCGCCAUCGGCGCCGCCGAGGACCUGGGCAACGAGCGCCUCUUGAAGAUGCUCGCCGGCACCCACGCGAGCACUUGGUUCAAAACCAACGGGUCCCAGGGAGUGGACCUUCGCGAGAUGAUCUCGACCACAGUUGCCAUCGCCAGCGAGAUCAAUGCUAGGUACGGGAUGACAGUAAACUUCAAGAAAGGACGCCCCGAUCAACCCCAUGUGGCCGACGAGCAGAUUCUGCUCGACACCGAUCGGAUUCCCGUUCCUGACGUGCUCCGUCUCAUGAGACGGUUGGCUAGGAACUCUGUGUACCAAGCGUGCUGUAAAGAUUUCCUCAACAGGCUCAGGUUGUUGCGACACCUGGGGUCCGCGGGCGCCAGCUGCCUCGAGAUUUGGUGUCGGGCCGAGGAACCCAUGCCCGAUGAUCUGUGCGAUGCGCUUCGUACUGGAGAUAGGAACCACGCGGCGGCGCUCAUGGUUCGGGGUUUGAGGGCGACUGAGGCCGAGGCCGGCGACGCGGCGGCUCCAAAGAUGGUCUUUGAGGAGCUCUCGGGCAGCGAGCAGAGCCAGGCGUGGAAGUGGGAGGGCAAGAUGCCCAGCGGCUGGGAGCCCCCGAGCGAGGGCCUGCGGCAGAGGGGCUUCGCGCCGCUGGAGUGCGAGGUGGGCGACCUGGUCGUGAUCCACGGUCAGGUGGACCACCUGAGCCUGCCAAACGUCAGCAAGCUCAAGAGGGACACCUUCCAGCUGCACCUGGUGGAGGGGCCUGGCGAGGGCAUCGAGUGGAGCAGGCGGAACUGGCUGCAGUAUCCCGGGUCGAAGCCCUUCCCUCGGCUGGGCGCCGCGGCGGGCGCCAAGAGGAAGGCCGCGGAGAUCUCGUGA